UAAGCGCACUUGCUCGCAUCGAUCAAUCGUCCCGUGCAUGCAGACAUGGAGAUCGAAAUCCCAACCCAGCACCGCGCGCAGCAGCAAGCUCGCAAGGUUAAGGCCAGCGCAUGGCAUGAGCUCCCGAUCGCCGCCGCCAAGUCCCUCCGCCGCGACCCCCUCCUCGCCGUCAACUUCCUGCUCUUGGUCGUCGGCACGGCGUGCGGCCCGCUCCUCCUCCGCGCCUACUUCGUCCGCGGCGGCACACGCAAGUGGCUCUCCAGCCUGCUCCAGACCGCCGGCUGGCCGCUCCUCCUCCUGCCGCUCUGCUUCUCCUUCCUCUCCCGCCGCCAGCGACGCCAGGACGCCGCCGUCUUCCUGAUCACGCCCCGCCUCCUCGUCGCGUCCGUUGUCGUGGGCCUCAUGAGCGGCGCCGAUAACUUCCUCUACGCCUACAGCCAGGCCUACCUCCCGGUGUCCACCUCCUCCAUCCUCAUCUCCACGCAGCUCGCCUUCACGGCGGUCUUCGCCCUGCUGCUCGUGCGCCACCGCUUCACGGGCUCCGCGUUGAACGCCAUCGUGCUGCUCAGCGUCGGCGCCGCCAUGCUGGGGCUGGACGCCGGAGGGGACCGGCCGCCGGGGGUGACGGGGCCUCAGUACCACGCCGGGUUCGGCAUGGCGCUGGGCGCCGCGGCGCUCUACGGCCUCAUGCUGCCAGUCAUGGAGCUCAGCCAGGCGUGGCACGCCGCGCGCGCCGGCGCGGCCGCCCUCACGUACACGCUCGUCGUGGAGAUGCAGGUCGUCAUCGGGCUCACGGCCACGGCGUUCUGCGCCGUCGGCAUGCUCGUCAACAAAGAUUUCCAGGCAAUUCCAGGAGAAGCCAGGCGGUUCGAGCUCGGCGAGGCGGGCUACUACCUACUGUUGGUCGGCACAGCCGCCGUGUACCAGUGCUUCUGCCUGGGCACGAUCGGCGCCAUCUUCUACGGCUCGGCGCUGCUCGCCGGAGUCAUCAUCACCGUGCUCAUUCCGGUGACUGAGGUCCUCGCCGUUGUUUUCUUCCACGAACGUUUUAGCGCCACCAAAGGCAUCGCUCUCGGGCUCUCGCUCUGGGGCCUCGCCUCGUAUUUCUACGGCGAGGUGCGGGCCAAGGCCCCGGAUACACAACAAAAGUCAAGUCCUGAUUGCGAAAAUUAAUGCAACCAGCACGUGUAUUUCAGAAAGAAGGAAAGCAUUGCAUACUCCAGUACAAUGUGUAUGAGCAUUGUAUACUCCAGUACAUUCGUAUCGGCGGUUGCUUGUCGCACGCACUAUGGGAA